GAAGAAACAUGUUACAACAAAUUAAUUGCCAAAAUAUGAAAAAAGUGAGAAGCCCCAGACAUCUUGUCUGGCACGUGUUUGCUCUGGCCACUCCAUUCUCUCUCUGUACAGCAAGCGUAUCCAAGCAACAAGAUGCUUUCAUACAAGACAGUGCUGUAGGUUCAAUCGUUUCUGAAGCCUGUGAUGAGUUGAGUCAUGUCAGGUGUUGGAACCGAGAUCAGUGACCCCUUGCCUAGCCUUCCAGAGGAGCAGCAGGCCAGAAAUGGCCUCGACAAGGGUGAAGAGGAUCUGCAUCAGAGAAAAGAGGAGGAUAGUAAAGGGGAGGGUGAAAUGAGUGACUGUGUCAGUGGACAGCAUGGGGAACCCAAGACAGAUGAUCAGAAUCCAACUGUUUCUCAAGUCUACACAGCCACUAAAAUGACACUGUUACCCAAGUCCCCUCAUAUAAAAACCCAUGCACUGACACUGGAGUGGGCCUUUGGGAUGAACAGGGCUCUUCCUGUCUUCAGCCUUCAGGACCAGGAUCAACUGGUGAUCCUGUAUGGUUGCACCAAUGUAGCCGUCAUGUACGACCAAACAUCAAAUUCACAACAUGUCCUUCAGGGUCACAGCAGCCCCAUUUCGUGUUUGUGUGUGAGUGAGGACAGGCGCUGGCUGGUGACAGCAGACCGAGGACAGGAAAGUCUGGUGAUCAUUUGGGACUCCUUUUCAGGGAUUCCUGUGCGGACAUUAUUUGACAGUCACCCUGAGGGCGGUGUUGCAGCUUUGGCACUGUCAAAGGAAUCCAAAUACCUGGUAACAGUUGGAGCUGGAGAUGUUCAGCGAGUUUGUAUAUGGGACUGGACAAAUGAGACAGAGGAUCCAUUGUGUGUAACUGACCUCAACCCGGAGUAUGGUUUUCAGAAUCACAUAAUUUUUAAUCCCAACGACAUCACUCAGCUGCUCAGCAACAGUGAGAGCCAAGUCUUAUUUUACACCAGGGACAAACAGAACCUUGAUUAUAUUGCCCCAGAGCUCUUGGACAAGACUUUCAACAAGGUUGUGGGCAUGCUGAGCCAGUCUGUGUUCCACUGGAGGGGGCUUCAGGCCCUCUCGGCCACCUCCGCAGGCAACUUGGUGCUGUGGGACAUGGUUAGGGCCUCCUCUACCUCAAGACCCCUCGUUAGGAGAGCCUGCAAGCUCAUCCCCCUCCAGAAGGAUGGCAUUACCGUGCUCACUCUGACUGACAGCUUCAUUGUGACUGGUGACACUCUGGGCCAUGUGAAAUUCUAUGAUGAGAACUUCAAGCUCAUCAGCUGGUACAGUGAAUUCAACCUGGACCCAAUCACAUCAAUCUCCUUCUCCAAGGAAGUUCCACCCAACAGCAGCCAGGGUUAUCUGGAUGACUGCACUCUGGAAGCCAAGAUGUUUGUUAUCCGGAACUUUGUCCUGUCUACAGUCAGCUCGACGGUGGUACAUGUGAAUGCACAGGGUGGUGUGCUGCAGACGUUGCUGCGCGAGCAUUGCGAGGCACUGCAUGCUGUGGCCUGUCACCCCCAGCAACCAGUUGUUGCCAUGGGUAGCCACAGUGGCAUCCUGAAGGUGUGGGACUAUGAGCGCAAGGUGUCCAUCUGCAGCAGGGUCUUUGAGAAGGAGAGGCAUAUUCAGUGCAUCACCUAUGACCCCCAAGGAUUUUAUUUGGCGGUUGGCUUUGCCAGUGGAUCUGUCCAUAUACUGGAUGCUUGCACAUUGCUGAGUGAGGCAGAGGAGCGCUUCAACUUCAGCCAAGACUGCAUCACUCACAUUACUUUCUCUCCAGACUCCCUCUACCUGGCCACAGCGGAUGCUGGAAGAGCGGUGAUGGUGUUCUGCUUGUACACCGGUAAGAGCAUGCAGCGCUGGAAAUACCUGGGGAGACACCACUCCCACUAUAAGCCCAUCAGGGACCUCCUAUUUGGGGUGUACCUGGACAGCACCCAUCCCAGACUACUCUCCCUGGGCAUGGACCGCAGGCUGGUGGAGUAUGACCUGCAGAACAGCAAAGUCAAGGAUGAGCUGCUGAUCCUGAGCUCUGAGCGCAUUGAGCAGAGCGCUGUGCCCACCUGUAUGGCCUGGUACCCACCCCUCACCACAGAGGACUUCCUGCUCACCGCCUCGGACCUUUACAAAAUGAAGCUUUUCAACAGCACCACCAAAAUGUGCAGAAAGACACUCCUUGGCCCCACAUACGGGUCUCCAGUUGAAAAGAUGACCAUGCUUCCAUUUUCUAAGGACCAUGACCCUAGGGCUCAUUACAUGGCAUACAUCACAAAAGACAAGGUGGGUGUCCAGAUUCUGCCCAUUGAUGGGAACCCCCACAAGUCCUCUGCUCUGAUCUGCCACCCAACAGGGGUGUCUGCUAUGGCCUGCUCCUAUGACAGUCGAUAUGUCUUCACUGCUGGGGGGUCUGACUGCACAGUCCUCUCAUGGGAGAUUAGUUUAAAUGCAUUAGAGGCUGCUGCAUCCCUGGGUGGAAAAGAGCUGAUCCCCUUCUACAGCCUCCUGGAUGGAGGGAGAGACGGGGAACUGUUUAGAGAAAUGGAGGACUUUUUCUAUUACUGUCAGCUGCGUAACCAAGGCAUUGACUCCAUGGAGAUGCGACAGGUGUCCACCCGAAUCCCCCUAGCAGAGGUCCCCUUUGUCAUGAGGGCUCUGGGCUUCUUCCCCACUGAGCAAGAGCUGGAGGACAUGCAGAACGAAGUCAAGUUCAGCAGGUAUGCUGAGUCUGGGAGAUAUGUGACUAAUGUAGACCUGGAGGAGUUCAUUAAGCUCUACGUCAACCACCGGCCAGCGUUUGGCAUCUCUAGGAAGGAACUGCUUCACACCUUCCAGGUCCUGGGUGACUCCUAUGUGAUGGGAGAGCCUGUGGUGAACAAGAACGAGCUGCUGGAACUCCUCCAGGACAGAGGGGAACACAUGACUGAAAAUGAGCUGGCAGAAUGUUUCACCACACUGGUAGGACUAAAUACAGAAGGGGGGGGGGCUGAGCUGGGAGCUUUUGAAUGUGAUGAUGCAGAAGAUGUGUUGGAGAGUGAGAUCCCAGAGAAGAUUUCCAUGGAAACAUUUGCAAGUGAUAUCCUGGGAUUCCCCAUUUAUAUUAAAGAUAUUCUUCACUCCCAAGAGGGAAUGUUGUCCCCCUCAGGAUCAGAAGUUGUAUAGGAAUUACAUGUACUCCAUGUGAGAGUGUGGGGCUCAUUCUAUAAAAGACUCAUGGGAAGAUUGUAGUUCAUGAAGCACCCACAAACAUGAUUGACAGCCAUUUCCUUAUGGGUGUAGUUUGAUAUGACCUUUUAUUGGAUAUAAAUUGCUAAUAAAGAUAAAUUGAAAACAUCAGAUUAUGAUAUAUUAAAAAUUUAGAAACA